UAGACCGUUCUUCAGAUGACAUCGUGCUAAGAUGCUUUACAAAAAGCAGAUUUUUCUUAUUCUCUUCUUAAUAUCAGUGCUUCAAACAUGUAGCAGUACUACCGAAAAAGAACUUAAAACUGAACCAACUUCAACAACCCCUAGGGAAGAAACAGAAGAACUAGUGCAAUCAGAAACUAAAGAUGGAACGUUAGAAAUUGUGAAAAGGAUCAAAAAAGUUAAUCCUGAUGGAUCGUAUACCAUUGGAUACGAAGCUGAUGAUGGUUCUUUUAAAAUUGAAAGCAGAGAUGUACUGGGGAAUAUUAAAGGUACUUAUGGUUUCGUUGAUGAUGAAGGUAAAGUUAAAAGAGUUUCGUAUAGUUCAAACAAUGCCAGUGAAGUGUUUUCUAAACAUCAACCUCUUUCGCAAGACAAAAACAAAGAGAAUUAUAUUACAUCAUCUACCAGAAGGCCUACAGUGUCUACUUCUACAGACCAAACAUCAUCAACGACCACAGAAAGUGUCAUUCAAAGCAUAGCAAGGCGAAGAGCUAGCAGUACUACACGCAGACCAAAUUACAACAAUAUCGAAGCACUUAAGACAACCUCUAAACCAAGCACAAUAAUAUACUCAUCAGCUUCACCUAGAGUUUUGCUCCAAAGACCUUCUACGUCACUAGCCUUAAAGAAUUCUUUACUUAAAUCAUCAGAAGGUCAACUUAUUCGACCUGAGGUCAGUUCAGAGAAGCCUACAGAACUUCCGGUGUUGAAAAGUUUGAUUAACAAGAAGUUUGAGCUCGAGAAACCAGUAAAUGAAGAUGUUUCCGAUGUUAGAAAUAAUAUUCUGCGGAGACAGCUACCUCAUGAACCCAGACAAACUGGUUUUAACCCAAACGAGCAUAUUUUUAACGUAAAACAAUCUCUAGGAGAUGGUGAUAUGGUUGAUGUGUAUAAUAACGAUGCCAGUGUUACUCCAAGACCUCUUUUUACUACCUCACGCUCAACUAGAGUGUUUCCAGUCAUUUCCAGCACCACUUCAAGCCCUGUGGCAAUUUCCAGACCCACUGUCAGCUACGUAGCUAACUACCAAAGAGAAAACCUACAACAAAUCGAAUCAAGAAGCACAGAAUAUGCUCCUUCUACUGAAGAAGCUUCCACGACUACUGGAUCUCCCACAGUAACUCCUGUAGUGCAGAUUCCUCCAAACGGAGGUGAUUCUCCUGAACCUCUGGUAGCUGUACGUCAUCCUUUCCAACGAGGGGCCAUUUUGGUGCCUCUGAGUCAACUCCAAGGUCGUAUAAUACCUGUAGAGAACAUGCAGGAGGUACAGGAAGCUAGGAGGCAGUACCAUAGUUAUCAGCAGCCUCAAAAUGUUGUUGAAAUUGAGAAACAGAAUGUAAGGAGGGUUCAACCACCUCCUUUGAGGCCUUUGCCAGUUCAGGUGGAUGAAAAUGGGUAUAUUAGAGAUAUGCCAGCAAGUGUACCAACUCCAUAUCCUUUACCAGUGCCUGUUACUCCAGUUCCAGUACGACAUAUUCCAGUUUUACCUGUUAGAUACGUCAAUAACGAUAUUGAUAACGAUAUUGAUCGAAUCCAACCUCCUGUGAGUACCAGGGACUUCCAGAAGUUGCUGAAUCAGCUGAUAGUAAGGCAGAAACAACUGGAACGGAUCAGUGCGCUGACUCAUGCGAGAUUGCAGCCUCAAAUAGUGCAUCCUCAACCAACACCUCAAGCUUACUACGUUCAAAGAGUGGCAUCUCCUAAUCCUCAAGAGUCCAUGGUGAGGUAUGCUUAUCAGAGAGUGCAAGAUGGUAGGGACGGUGAGAAUAAUUUGCCUCACAGGCCGGCUGUGAGGUACGAGAGGCCGUAUACUUUGACAAGGAUUGGGAGAGCUCAGAGUCCUGUACAUGCCCCUGUAUACAAACAAGAACAAUCACAAACAGAAGAAUACCUGCCUGUAGAAGUCAGGGAAAUGCUUCUUUUGAGGAUGCUACAGUUAGCCAUGAAUCCAGCCCUCCCUAUUGAGGAAGACAGCGAUUCACAGCCUCUAGCAACAGCCACGACACCUCAAUACAGGAAAUCGCCUGUCAGAAAUGUAGAGAUCCUUGGAGAAGACGACGGAGAAGAAGAAAAUAGCUCUAAAAGAAGAUAUGGAGCCCGGACGAAGAGAUUCAAAGAGGAAGAAAUGGAAUACAUGGAGUAAAUAGUUAAUUUUUUCUAUUGAACUGAUUGUAAAUAGCUCUUGUUUAUGUUUUU